AAGGUGGCCGGCCUGGUGCUGCUUCUGCUCCUCAAGUAUCGCACCAAGCAGCUGACCACAUGGGCGGAGAUGCUGGCGGCGGUUAGCCAAGGUGACCAGGACCGCUUCCCCGUGAUCUUCCGCCGAGCCUGCGAGUAUCUGCAGCUGGUCUUUGGAGUCGACGUGAAGGAAGUGGACCCCCGCGAGCGCUCCUACGUCCUGGUCAGCAUCCUGGGCCUCAGCUGCGAUGGGACGCCGAGUGGUAGGGUCGGCAUGCCCAAGACCAGCCUCCUGGUGCUGGUCCUGUGGGUGAUCCUCCUGGAGGACGACCGUGCCCCUGAGGAGGCGGUGUGGGAAGCGCUGGGGCUCAUGGGGGUGUAUGCCGGCAGGGAGCAUGUAUUCUAUGGGGAGCCCAGGGAGCUGCUGACCCAAGUCUGGGUGCAGGAAGGGUACCUGGAGUACCGGCAGGUGCCCGGCAGCGAGCCCGCACGCUACGAGUUCCUGUGGGGUCCCAGGGCCCACGCAGAAACCAGCGGCGUGCAAGUGCUGCAGUACAUGCUCGCGGUCAACAGCAGGCAGCCCGGGUCUCCGUGUCUGUCCGAAGAGGCUGUGAGCCAUGAGGAAGAGCGGGCCUGAGCCCGAGGG